AUGCCCAAACAUAAUAUGACCAAAUCAGAUUCUUCACGAAUUCAGUCAUCACAGGCUAAGCGCGGUGGUAACAUGAGCUCGGGAGGCUUUGCAUCUCGUGCUCAGAGUUCUGGAGACAAAUGGGCCGCUUCGCAGAGAACAAAGGCUUCGGGUUUCACUAGCCGUACCUCUAAUUCGAAUCGGCCCAGCACUGGAACUGGUUCUUGUAUCAUAAUGUAG